AUGAUUGGCAUUCAACUGGUCAUGGCCGGCUAUCAGCUCCCGGCAAAGUACCAAAAGUCUAAAUGGAAGGAAAUGGUUAUCUUGAUGUUGCCCAUCAUGACCCUGAUGUGGUUGGCGACGACAGGCUGUAUCCUGGCAACUAUUCCCAAGCUGACAUUCCUGGGUGCUGGGGUUAUAGCCGCCUGCGUUACCUCGACGGAUCCAGUUCUGUCACAAGCUGUUGCCAAGGGGCCUUUCGCCGACAAGUUCGUUCGGCGCUCUUUGCGCGAAAUCAUCUCCUCCGAGAGUGGCGCAAAUGACGGCUUCGGGUUUCCGAUAUUGAUGCUGACGACAUAUCUCAUCCGGCACGCAGACGGAAUUGAGGUGCACGCAGAUGACUCGACGUUGCACGCGGUCGGUCGUACGCUUCUUCCUAGAGCGGGUGAUGUUGCCCGCCAAGGCGGCGGCGUUGGUGUUGCUCUGCUUAAUUGGCUACUGGAGACCUGGCUUUACUUUGUGCUUAUGAGUAUUGCCUACGGAGUCCUUGUUGGAACCCUGAUCAGGCUUGCUCUGAGAUACUCCGUCAGAAAGAAGUGGAUCGAUUCCGAAAGCUACGUGCUCGUGCCAACGGCGAUUGGUCUCUUCAUGAUGGGCACUUCAGGAGCCAUCGGAACCGACGAUCUGCUCUCUUGCUUCGUCGCUGGCAGCGCACUCAACUGGGACGGCGAGUACCUUGCAGAGGCACAGAAGCGACACGACGAAGUCAAUGCCAGCAUCGAUGUUCUUCUUAACUUUGGCGGCUUCAUCUAUCUCGGAACCAUCAUCCCAUGGAGUGACUUCAGCUCUGACAUCACCGGCAUCAGCAUCGGCCGGCUCUUUGCCCUCGGCGCACUUGUCCUCGUAUUCCGCCGCAUCCCCGCUGUGCUUCUGACGUACAAGCUCAUGCCAAAUACCAUAAAAGACUGGAAAGAAGCCUUGUUUAUGGGUUACUUUGGCCCUAUUGGCGUUGGUGCUGCCUUCUAUGUCGAGCAUGCGCGUCACCUCUUCCCUAAACUUGCCGAGGCCGAGGGCGAUAGCGAGGUAGUUGACAUGCUUCGGGCUAUUGGUCCCGUUGUGUAUUGGCUUGCACUCUUCUCGAUUGUAGUCCACGGAGUUUCUAUCCCUAUUCUCAAUAUCAUAUACGGAUUCAUGGGUGUUCAGCCGGUUCAGGAAGAUGCCGUGGCAAUUCGACGCCGGUCGGUUCGCGUCCCUCCUCCAUCCAACGCGGUCGAAGGUGACAAGGAGACUUUCAUUGCCUUCAACCGAAACACUGUCGCAUAUGGGGGAUGA